UCUGAUUAACAGCCUGACUACACACAUCACUGUGCCUUCGACUUUGGCCGUCUUCCUCGCACCUUGUACCCGUCUCUAUCGGCUGCAUAUGCCUGGGGCCUCCUGGCCUUUUGUUUUGCAAGCUUAUGUUGCUCUGAGUAUUGUGCAGCUGAGCUUACACAAUGUGUCUGAGGUGCACAGAUAAAAAUGAGAAGUAGAAGCUUUAGAGAACACAAGCUUCCUGUUUGAGAGAGCGAGAGAAGGAUUAACUGAGGCAGAAAACGUCUUUUUUUUUUUUGUUGCAAAGUGAGAGCGCACUGAGUGGGGAAAUGAAGUCAAGAGGAGAGAUGCAGUGACAGGUCUGCUUCACGACAAGAGAGAGGUCUCUGCAUAGGUUGUGGAAGAGAGGUGAACCUGAGGUGGCUGGUGGGACAAAGUAAGAGAAAGAGGAAGAACCCUGACGACAAGUCACUGCACCGCACGUGAAGACCCAGCUGAAGACUUCAAAGAUGGUCAGGUGGUUUCACAGAGACAUAACCGGGUUGGAGGCUGAGGCCCGUCUAAAAGCGAGAGGCGUCCAUGGCAGUUUUCUUGUGCGUCCCAGCAGGAAGAGGCCUGAAGACUUUUCGUUAUCUGUCAGGUUGGAGGACUCAGUGACCCAUAUCCGGAUACAGAACACAGGCGACUACUACGACCUAUACGGCGGAGAACAGUUUGCAACGUUGACGGAACUGGUGGAGUAUUACACGGGACAACACGAGUGCCUGCAGGACACGGAUGGAACCAUCAUCCCACUGAAGUACCCCCUGAACUGCUCCGACCCCACCAGCGAGCGCUGGUACCAUGGCUAUCUUUCUGGGCCAGAUGCAGAGAAGUUGCUGCUGCAGAAGGGGGAAGCGUGGACCUUCCUUGUCAGAGAGAGUCGUAGUAAACCAGGAGAUUUUGUCAUCUCUGUCCUGACAGCUGAUGUUAAAGAUGGCAAACCCCGGGUGACCCACAUCAAGAUCAUUUGUGAGGGUGAGAAGUAUACACUGGGGGAUAAAAAGUUUGAUUGUCUCACGGAUCUAAUUGAAGCUUACAAGAAGAGUCACAUAGAAGAAGUAUCUGGCGCCUUUGUGUAUUUGAAAAAGCCCUACUACUCCACCAGAGUCAACGCAGCUGACAUUGAGAGCCGCAUGAAGGAACUAGAUAAAAAGUCAGAAAAGGAGGAGUCUUCGAAGGCAGGAUUUUGGGAAGAAUUUGAUGCUCUUCAGAAACAGGAAUCUAACUUAUUAUACGAAAGAACAGAGGGUCAAAGGCAGGAAAACAAAAGCAAGAACCGAUACAAAAAUAUCCUUCCAUUUGACCACACAAGAGUUAUGCUACAUAGUGGAGAUCCAGAUAUUCCAGGCUCAGAUUAUAUUAAUGCCAAUUACGUUACGAACCAGCUGAUUGGUGAAGAUGAACCUUCCAAACGUUUCAUUGCAUGUCAAGGGUGUCUAUUGUCCACCACUGGAGAUUUCUGGCAGAUGGUCUGGCAAGAGAACAGCCGGCUUAUAGUGAUGACCACAAAAGAAAUCGAGAAGGGACGGACUAAAUGUGUCCCCUACUGGCCAGAUGCCGGGGCUGAUGGAAAGGAAUUUGGAAACUUUUGGGUUGAAGUUCUUACAGAACAUGAGGCCAUGGAGUACAAGGUCCGGACUUUACGAGUGUCCAGCCUGGAGGAUAGUGGCAGGACCCGGGAUAUCUUUCACUACCAGUACCUGAGCUGGCCGGACCAUGGCGUGCCUGCCGACCCUGGAGGUGUCCUGAGCUUUCUGGGGGAGGUGAAUCGCGUGCAAGAGAGCAUUCCUGGAGCGGGACCCAUCAUUGUACACUGCAGCGCCGGGAUUGGCCGUACCGGGACCAUCAUCGCCAUUGACAUGUUGGUUGACACCAUCCAGACAAAAGGACUGGACUGCGACAUUGACGUGCAGAAAACCAUCCAGAUGGUGAGGUCUCAGCGCUCAGGGAUGGUGCAGACGGAGGCUCAGUACCGCUUCAUCUACGCCUCUAUCGCCCAGUACAUCGACUCGGCCAAGCACAAACUGCAGGCGCUAGAGAAAACAAAGGCUGGAGAAUCAGAAUAUGGAAACCUGGGUCUGUCUAUGGCCAAGAUGAAGGUUUCCCGGAGUUCCUCCAAGACUAAAGAUGAAGGAACAGUUUAUGAAAAUCUGAACGCCAGGAAAGAUAAAAAAGAAAAAGUUAACAAAAAAGUGUCAGCGGAACGGGAGAAACCCCGGACCUCUCUGAAGAAGAAGUAGUGACAGAGUUCGGAUCUCCUCAGUAUUCCUCCAGCAUCUCAAACCAUUUUUACAAAUCCAAGACCGCCCUGCCCCCUCCUGACGUCACCACUGCGGACACAACUUGGACAGUUUUGCUAGAAAAUAAUGUGAAAUUACUGAUAAUUUAAUAAAGUGUUACGCAUGCAGUGAC